CCGAAAAGGUGUUUCAGCCACAGACACUGUUGCUUCAGAGUUAGUCUGAUAAGGGGCUUCAUUGUGAACGAACGUUUCCGGUCUUCGAGCUGAAGUUAAUUUUCUAGUUCAAAUUGGUUCAGUACAUAGACAAACUACAUAUCUUCACUGCAUAUACACAGACACAUAUGUAAAUAAUUAAAUGAAUGUUCUAAGCGGAAAACCUCCAAAGUUUUGAAAGUGUGAAAUUUUUACUUCGAAUGCAAAAGGCCAGCGAAAAUCUUAGCACGGGCUGCAAAUUCAAAUCAAAAUUAUGAAAGUGAAUCGCUCGAUAUUUGUGUACCUAUGUGCAUAUUAGCGUGUACGACAAAUCGCGGUUUAGUCUGUGAGAACUGUAAGCAGGUAAAAACAAACUCAAGGAUGUGCAACGUUUAAUUUACUCCAAUUAAGUAUAAAGAUCUGAAUUCCGUGGAAUUUAUGAGAAAUAAUAAUAACAGUUUGACAACGUCAAAAAUUCUCAAGUAGAAGAAACAAAGCACAUCAAUAAUUACAAAUUUACAAUUUGUUGAAUUUUAAAUAAUAUAUAUUGAACAGCUCCAGAAGAUUAGUGAUUUUAUUGGAAGUUUCUUUUCAAAAGUAAUUUUUAAAGAUUUGUCAAUGACAUUGUCCUUAAGAGCUUUUAUUGGCGAAUGGAAACCAGAGCAUUGAGUUACAAAACGCCUGACAACAAGCAAAGCGACAACUGUCGCAAAUCAAUUUAUAUCAAUCAUAAUUAGGUGUGAAAUAACAACUUAAACGAAGCCACACGCAAACGAGCCGAGCGCACGACUGGUAUGAGGUAGAAGGACGGAAAAUUAACAAAGUCUUCCAACGCUCUUGUCAGCCACUGAAUUUGAUUAAUUGUAACAAUAAAGUCGAAACAAAUGCUGCGCAGUCAGUAAAGAGUGAGGAGUGAAAAAAGCGGUCGAGUGACAGCGUGACAAGCAACGCCGGACUGCAUACCGCUAGGAGACAGAGUGGCAUUGCGCGGGCAUUUAGAAAUUCCAUCGUUGCAAUUGCUAAAUUUGACACGCUCGCAAUUGUCCGGCAAAUUGUCGGCGAACUGAGAUACGUUUCACUGUCGCAUAUUCUAGAGGCCACAGGCAGGACAAUUAAACAACAAGAACAACAGUAGUAGGGGGUACAUCGAGCCGUAGAAAGAACUGUACAAUUAAAUUGCAUGAAUUAGCAGUUUAGAGCAGCGAAAGAGUAAUCAACAACCAUACAUCAGUACUGACGACCACAACUGAAGCAACAACAGUCAUAAUUACUGCAACCGACGCAUCAGCACAUAAUCACACAGCUACACAUCAACUGGUUCCCUACACCCGCAAGCGGCGAAUUAUCAGACGGUCGAGCUGCCGUCACAAUAGUGGUAUUCCCAAAGCAGCUCUAACAGGCCACAGGCAUAGAAAUCUACGCACAUUUUGGCGCUGACACACAUACAAAGCUAGCAUUUCCCGCAACUGACAAGCCUGCCGGAAUACAAAUUCAAUAUUGUUGCCGUUGUUUGGAGUUUAUUAAAUUGAUUGGCCGUAACUAAUUGGACAGUCGAGCGUGGGCGAGCGUACGAAAGCCGACGGCAACCACAACUAUAUCAAAUCCCAGCAAGCGGGCCUGCGAAUACAGUCUGAACAACAAGCAACAAUUACAACAACACCAUCCAUAUGUAGUUGUGAACAUUUUCAAUUUUAUAGGCACACAACAACACUUUCACAACUCGACAUACAGGUAAUACUAAUACAGAUCUAUUUGCACGCACACACAUUACACGAAAAGCUACUACAACCUAGGGACAUUCACUAGAGAAUUACAUAGGCACACAGUCAAACACACAAACAUUAGCACACAGCAACGCACAUAGUUUAAUGAACACGGCAUUUCAUACAGUGUUGGGGUAUAAUUUAAUUAGUCAAAAUAGCGCAACGUUGGAAGCAACUCAAGCAGCAUAUACUGAACCAGCCGCAACAUAGGCCGGUACAACACGAAGCGCAGCAGCAGCAGCAGUCGCUGCCGCCACAACCACAAUCACCCAAGCACCCGCCUCAACAGCAUACGCAGCCGCUCCAGCAGGCUCUACCAAAGCUCCAGGCGCAGCAGGGGCAACAGGCGCUAGAGCUAGCAAUCGCGCCGCAGCAGCAGCAGAGGCAACAGCAGCCAACGCAGGCGCCUCAAUCUUCCUGCGUGGCGUCUGCAGCAAACGACCCAGCAACAUUUGUUCCCAUUAAUCCAGCAACCACAAAAAAAACAACGGCAACAACGGCGGCCAGAGUUUUCUCGCGUUACGAUAGUCUUGAAGAGCUGCAGCAGCGUACGAGCAGAAGUGGAAGCGCAAUCGGAAUAUUGCCAGUGGUCGCGGCACAGGGUCCACAAGGAUCGCGUGGCAGUAUAGCAGUUGGAGCUGGUGUUGGCGCGGCAGGUUUGUAUGCAUCUGCGGGUGGUCGUUUACCAGUAGCAGGUGGCGUUAUCAGCAAUAGUGGAAGCGGCAGCGGUGUUGGUGUGCGCGGUUCGGGAGGUUCCCGCAGUGGUAGCAUAGCAGUUGGAGUGGAUGGUCAUCGUGCAGUGCUGAGUAGCAGUGGAGCAGGCGUGGUAUUACCAGCUGGUCAGAAGUUAAGUAGGAGCAGUGUGAAUGGCUAUUCAACGGCAGCUGCAGCGGUUGGUAUUGGUGGUGGUGUUGGCAUCGGAGUUGGCGGUGGAGCGAGCGGCUGCGGAGUCAGUUCUUCACAAUUAGUAGGUAGCACUACAUCGACGGCACGAGGGCGUCUUUCAAUCAGUUCACCAUCUGGCGCUAGCGCGGGUGCAUCUGCAGCGAUACAAGGCGGUGUAGCCACUGCGAAUGAAUUCUUGUUAAUAGGUGGCGCUGGUGGUGCAGGUGUUGGUCAAGGAAGUAGUGCUGUUGGUUCUGGUGCGGGUAGCGGAGCUCCCGGGGCUGGCGGUGUUGCUGGGGCAGGUAUUCCUAAGCGCCAGGGAAGCUUUUCAAAUGUUUUCUCGAAAUUAAUCGACGGAAUGCCCGCCGGUACAAUGUUCUCUAAAUUCAAGAGUGCCAAUACGGCAUCCACAUCACUACAAAAUAUCACCGAUGCAAAUCCUAUCAGUCAGUACUUCGAGAUCGGCAAACAAGUGGCCUGUGCAGGCCCGGAAUUGGUGUGGCGGAUACACGAUGGCUACCGCAAAAGUGACGGCAGGGAAUGUUCUAUAUUUGUUUUCGAGAAGAAAAUUGCAGAAAAACUUCAUAAGCCCCGACGUAAAGAAACAGUAACAGAACUACUGAGAAACUCUGUAAAAACAAUGGAGCGUUUUCGUCAUCCUAAAAUUCUACAAGUUAUCCACACAGUGGAAGAAUCGACAGAUACUUUGGCCUUCGCUGCUGAACCUAUCUUCGCUAGUCUCUCAAAUAUUUUGGCGUUUCAUGAAUCGAAAACUUAUGAAAAUGUGGCCAUGCCUUCGAACAGUGGAGCGACGGGCACGCAGAGCAGUCAACAGCAGAACACAGCAGGACCCCAACGGCCGGCUCAUGCCAAAGAGUAUAAUUUUUUGGAUAUCGAAUUGAAAUACGGUUUUCUGCAACUGGUGGAAGCAUUAUCCUUUUUACACUACUCGGGCCACGUCAUUCAUCGAAAUGUGUGUCCUUCAUCUAUUUUAGUUACCAAGCGAGGUACUUGGAAAUUGGCUGGCCUAGAAUUUAUUGAAAGAAUGAAUGAGACUGAUGUAAAUGAGUUAGUUCCUUGCCCGCCUUGGAGUAACAAGGUUUCUAAAAUGGCUCAACCUAACCUGGAUUUUAUGGCUCCCGAGACUCAAUUAACUUCGAAGGGCAGCCUACUUAGUGACAUGUUCUCGUUGGGUUUGGUAAUAUGUGCAGUAUUUAACAGCGGACGACCGCUCAUCCAAGCCGGUAAUAUAGUUUCGAGUUAUAUGAAGCAAUUGGAGAUGCUGGAGGAGUCUGUGCAGAAAAUGUUGCCACGGGUGCCGGUACCACUACAGGAGGCUACCUCUCGUUUGGUUAGUCGAGAUCCCACCGCUCGACCGACUUCACAACUAUUGCAACUGAUUAAAUACUUUAGUGAUCCCGCUGUAAACGCACUCAAGUUCUUAGAUGUGGUCAACAUGAAGGACACAUCGCAGAAGUCUCAUUUCUACAAAAACACGCUAAUGGAAGCAAUGCCGCUGAUACCGCGAAAAUUGUGGUGGCAAAAUGUGUGGCCAAUGUUGCAGGCCGAAAUCAGUAAUGGCGAAGUACUGGCAGCGGUUUUACAGCCCGUCAUUAAACUUAUUCAAGAGGCUUCACCGGGCGAAUAUGAGUCGAUCAUGGCGCCAACAAUGAAAGUAAUUUUCGGGUCGCCCAAAUCCAUACAAGCCACUGUGACGUUGUUGGAAAAUUUACACCUUAUUAUAGAGAAGACCGCUCCCGGAGAUGUAACCACAGACAUUAUACCAAUGCUGUUUUUUGCUUUUGAAAGCUCAACGAUACAAGUACAGAGCGCUGCUGUUGUAGCUGUCACAAAUGUUUUUGACAAUAUCGAAGAUGUUUCCAUCAGACGCAUGGUGAUUCCAAAGGUGAAAUCUGUUUUCGAAAAGAAUCUAGCGGAUCCUAAAAUUGUGCAAAACGUACUUAUCUGCAUAGAUGGGCUCAUGGAUAAACUGGAGCGAACUCAGGUUAUGGAAGAGGUGCUGCAGCUGCUUGGCGAUGUCCGCAUACCGGAACCGGAUAUUGUUAUGCGUACAGUGCAUAUAUAUCAUAAAUUGGUUGUCGAUAAAACAUAUGGUCUGACCGUGGAGACAAUGGCUACACAUGUGCUUCCACUAUUGAUUCCACAUACCGUUAAUCCGGGUCUGAAUCUCGAACAAUACUGCAUGCUGGUGGAGGUGCUGCAAGAGAUGCUCGAACAAAUUGACCGUCAGCAACGAAAUAAAUUGAAACUGGACAAUCUGUCAAUACCAUCACCGGAGCGCCAUCGUCCAUUGCGGCAUCAAUUCUCAUCGGAUAACAUGAAUGCCCCUCCAUUCAACAUACCCAAUUUACGUAUCGAUCAACGGAAAACAUCCAGUGCAGAGGAUAUGGCACGCAAGAAUUCUGGAGGUUCAGGUAUGCUGGGCGGCUGGUGGUUCGGCUGCUCGCCGUCAUCGCCCGAUAGUAAUUUCCUGCGCGUGGCUAAUGCAUUCCCCAACCGACGGCUGUCGGACAACACCUUGAUGACGCCGAAAAUACGCAUUGCACCAUCGUGCGCCUCCUCGCCAGGUGGCACGCCGGGCAGCGGGCUGCCAACACGCCGACACUCGAGCAUCGGACCACAGGAACGACGCGGCUCGACAAUCAAUCUGUCGCCGCCUACUACGUAUGGGUUUGGUGCACGCGGUAGCUCAGGAUCGAGUUUGUCGGUACCCUCCUCGUCGGCCUAUGUUAAAUCUCCUUUAUUAUCCUCCAACAAACAGGGUGGAUCUAUGCCGAACACCUCGAGCAGUGUGCCAUUUUUACUAUCGUCCAGUAUGCAAUCGAUUCGAUCCAGACGUACCUCAACUGUGCUCUCAUCAGGACCCUUGGGAUCUGGCUCUGGCCUACUACAGCAACUCGGCAGCGGAAUGUACCAGCUUUUCUCCGGUCGAACUUAAGCAAAUUUUUUUACAAGUCACAGCUAUCGAAAUCAUUUUUAACUCACCUAGCAUUCGUUUAGCAAAACUCGACUUUCAACUGCACCAAGUUACAGCGCGGGCCUCAAACAAACUGCGAAGAGAAUGAUGAAUCUCUGAGAAUGAAUUCAUUAUUAAACAAAGCAUCAGGGCAAUGGGAACUCGUUAAAGUAUCCGUGCAACUUUACCAGGACUUUUGAAUAUUCUUCAUACUCACAUCAGUUUAACACUCUCACAUUAUAUUUUACACAGAUAUUCAGAUAUUUAUUUCAAUCAUUUUUCAAUGCACAUAUGUACAAUUGUAGGUUCAUCCGAAAUAUGUUCGCAUAGUGUCUAACACGAACGAACCACUUAAAUAAAACAAACGCAAUAAUAAACAUAUGAAACAGCCUGAAUGCUGUAAAACCCUCGUACCCCCGCCCCCCAAAGCAAAAGCAAUCAUUUUAGAAACAAACAUUACUUAUUAGUCGAAUAUACUCGCGGUAGUCCGCAAAUCUGGAAAUUCAUACGAUUGGAUUUAAAAACUCCUGUUUAUUCUUAUACUAUCCAACAUUUCCAGCAAUUUCAAUAUCUUAGCGUCUUUAGAAAACAAAAAAAACUAGCUAUAUGGUAUUUAUGUAUUUAAGAUGUUGAUGUUCACAUAAAGGAAUCUCGAUGUUUUAGUAGCGCCAAGUGUUGUAGGUGAAUCGGAAAAAAUUCCAUUAAUACUUUGCACACAUAUAAGUUAUAUGUGUGUGUGUAUGUAGGUGUAUUAGUAGCUAUACGUAGUGUUUAACUCAGUCGAAAGUGUUUCGUGUCACUCAAAUGUCUCAAAUAUAAUAAAAAACACAUUCUCAAAUCUAUCCUGUUUACUUUCACACUUUAUCUAACAAGCUGUGCUAGCAACUGGUUAUCUGCAAUUUUGUUUCACUAACUUCCGAAUUUAUGUGGAAGAAACAGAGAAUUUCGACAGGAUUCUUUGGUGAGACUUCCGACAAAUGUCUUUAUGAUUGUUUCGAGUGCUAGCUGCAACGCAUUGACUUUAGAAUAAACCUGUUAGAAUUCAUAUUCAAGAUUUUACAACUUAAAACAAGUACUGCAGUAAUAUAACUGUUUAGAUGCUAACAGCUUAUUAUUUCUAUGAGAUAAAACAAAUAAUUAACAGAACAGGAGUACGAAGUAACAUCAUCAAAACCACCACAACUACUACUACUGAGCUGAAGGUUGUUAAUCCUCUGAAAGGGGCAGGUCCCUACCCAAAUAUGGAUGUAGUUAGUUAUAAAUGAAAUCCCGAUAAAUAUAUGAAUUGUUUUAUGUGUGAAUGUUUGUGUCAGGUGCCGUUUACGGUACUUAAAAUCAGAUGUAAUAAUAAAGAGAAUAUUUAAUUAUUGUAUUCACUUCAUAACUAGAAUUAGAAAACAACAAAAAUGCACACCAUGCGUAAGAGACCUUCAAGAAGAAUGGAACAAAUACAAAUGUUCAAAAUGUUAUGAAAUAUUCAAGUUGUUAGAAACAACAAACGAGAGAGGAUUUAUUGACAUUGUUAAAAUAGCGAAAUUUUAUUGCUGUUAGAGGAUGCAAAUAGAAGGAAAAUAAAUUAUAAAGAUUGUUGGAAUUUUUUGCGGCCACCGUGAGGUGAACGUAUCACAAAACUGUAUUUAAUAUUAGAUAUAUAAAUCGUAUUCAUAUACAGAUACUCUGUCAAUUUUACAGCACUAAAAUGAAAUGUCCAAAGAAUAAAAAUAAGAAAACAUACUCUUAAUAUACAUAUAUACAUUUAUCGAAUGAGAACUGUAUUUCCAAAGUUAAAAAAAAAAUGAAAAUUUCAGAAUAACAUUUAUAUUUUAUGGAUUGUAGACAUAUUAAAAAAUAAAUAUAUAUAGUUACUUUUUAUCAAAGUACCUAAUUAUUACGUUAUUAUAUGUAUAUCUAUUUGUACAAUUCGUGUAUCUAAAAGACAAUCAAUAUAUUUCCACGCAUAAGGCGAAAAAUCAUGUAGCGUAACUUAAACAAUCUUCAUUAGUUCAAUGUGAAAACGGGCAACAGCAUUUUUAAAUUGCGUUAAACAAGUGUUUCUCAUUCUUCAUUUAAAUAAGAAAUUUUCAAACUUUGGGCAAUUGUGUAGUUGACUUCAUACUCGAAUGCUUGAACCGUUUCCACAUUAAACUAAGAAGAUACUCUAUAAAUUUUAGUAUAUACCUGCCUAUUUGAAUACACUUAUACUUCGUAUUAAAGAAAAGCUCUCAAAAGCGCCAGACGAGAAAAUUCUUUUACAGGGAUGGCCUAAAUUUUGCGUAUGCAAUCAAUUCUACUGGUUGAACUUGCACAUUUUGAAUGUUUGUAGGUUCACACCACCGAUCGUAACAAUAUUAUAUGAGAAUCUGAUAAUCAAAAAAUAUAUACAAACAUACUUACAUACAUUUUUAAAUAUGCUUAUGUAUGUUUUUUGAAAAUGCAAAGUCGAAUUAGUUUUUUUUACAUAAUAUUUUUUCAUUAUGUUUGCUCAGUUUAGUAAUCAAUUUAAAAUUUGAAGUAAAACUAAAAGAAUUCAUUAAAUGUAAGUGUUUCUUAGACAGGACCCCCAAAAUCACAUGCUUCGUGUGUAUACAAUUUGUUAAGGCGAAUAUCGAUUUUAUUAAUUAACUUGUAUCUAUGAUUUCCAUUAAAUAUGUAUAAACAUGGUGUAUUUGUUUCAGUUCAUUAAUUGCACUUAAAUUAAACAUAAAAAGGGGAAAGCAAAAGCUCAAAAAACGACUGAAUUCGAAUUAAUUAGUUAACUAAUUUGCAUAUAUAAACAUAUACAUAAUCAAUUAUAUACUAAUUUUAGUAACCAAAAUAAUUUGCCACAGUUAGGAAAUUGCCAAAUAUAUUGUGGAAUAACAUAAAAAUGUAUGUAUAUUUUAUAAGCAGUUCGAUUAUUUUUACAAACUAUAAACUUUAGUGUAAUUACAUAUACACAUAUAAUAGAUAUAAAAUGGUAAUGUAAUUUAUGUAUGUAUAUUUUAAAUAGUAUUUUACGACAAACAAGAGUCGACAUAGAUGCAAGUAUACUCCUCAAGCAGAAAAAAUUAGUUGUUUAAUACGUACAAUUUUUAAAAUUUCAAUUAAGUUGUGAAAUUGCGAACACAAUUAUUAUUAUUUUUUUUUUUUAAAUAAGUGUAUACCUAUUAAUUCACUAAUUAAUGUAAUUAAUCGCGUGUUUAGUCGGAUAUCACAUAAUUGUAACUAACUAAAAUUUACACGAAAACUAUACAAUCUAAAUUUCAUAGAAGAUCGUGAAGUAUAAAAUCCUUGAAACAGUAUGGUACUUUCAAACUAGAAAUAGACUUACAUUAAAAACUCUAAGUGUUAAUCAAAAUUCAACUUUUUUUGUACGCAUAUGAUAAAGGAAAUAUGUUUUUAUAGCACUUGUUUAAAAACUGAUAAACUCUUUUUGGAAGAAAGCUGCAAGACAUAAACAACUAAUCGGCUGCUAUGAUUAUGUUAUAAAUAUUGUUAAUUGUUUUCGAUAAUUCUAAAGUAUAUUUUUAAUGAGUGUGUUUGGAGAGGGAGUUGAUUCUCGUAAGAAAGAAUAAAGAAACUAAUUAUUACAAAUA